CAAAGGCGGGCGACGAGGUGUCACCAAAACUGCAUGGACAGUAUGUUGACGGGCGUUAGAUCUAUUGAGGCGAGCGUUGAAAGCCCAUAGAUGUCACUUGGCGGGAGUGGUCGAAUAGGUGUUUCUUAAAAUUCUCCGAUCGCAACGGUUAAAUUUAAUAGGGCGAAACUUCCUAGCAGCUUUCUCAACCAAGCCAAGACAGCCACUCGGAACUUCCAGGUCGUUGUGAGUCGCUCUCACAAGCACCUCAUAGCAGGAAAAAAUGAAAAUAACAUGAAGCCUAACACAACGAUCAACACAACAUGUGUACAAAGUGGAAACAUAUCACAAAAACAUAAGGUAAAUCAAUACACAUGUGGACAUGCCAUAGGGAACAAGAGAAUGAGAGACAAUGAGAAAGGGGAAGAGGAAUGUGGUGGCGGCGGCACGAGAAAGAAGAGAGAAAGGUAGAUUUGGAGAGAUUUGGCACGAAUCUUAAAGCCAUCCUAUCCGUCCAAAAAUCAAUUGACAUUUUCCAAAAUUUCAGCUGCUUGUAGCAAGUCCUUCAAACCGUUUAUUAAGAACACGUCCAAAGGAUGGUUCUGAGUUCUGACUUGUGGGAGAUAGUUUUGCAUGAUGCGGCGGCGGCAGGCAUCCUACGGCGCACGUGGGUGACAACUGACAAGUUCAAAAUCUUAUCAUUGGCCCGUUUCAGUUUCUUUUUUUCCUUUCUUUUUGAAGAGCUGUGCACAGUUUCAAGAGUGGCCACGCACGUACUAGCACACUUGCCAACUUCCCCAAUGACAAAUUGUCAUCCCACUCGCUCGCGGGCGGACCACCGGAUUCCGGCCGAUCGAGCAUGCACAACCUGCGACCAAUGCAAGCGGACCGUGUACCUGGCUCCGUUUCGCUGCGACUUGAGGACACAAACGGAUGAAAGGAUCAGAUCAAUCAAAAAGAUCACACGCUAGCACGCGCGCAGCGCAGGUGUCUGUCCGUAACCAGGCUGGUCCGGUCCCGCCUCGAACAAACUCGUCCGAGAUCGCGGCCGGUAUCCGCCUAUAUCUACAUCUAUAUCAGGAGACCAUCGAGAAUGAGUUGCAUGCAUCCCUCUCCUCUCGUCCUGUGAGUUGCCCAAGACGAAUCGCUUUGCUCACAAUGGCUGGAGCUCGGUUGUCUCUCGCGUUCCUGUGCUUUGUGGUGGUGGUGGUGGCCUCCGCGCUCGCCGGCGGCGCCGGUGCGAGGAAGACGGUCGGCGAGUACGUGCUCAGGAAGGGGGACUUCUCCGUGAAGAUCACCAACUGGGGAGCAACCAUGAUGUCGGUCGUCCUCCCUGAUUCCAAAGGGAAUUUGGCUGAUGUUGUGCUUGGCCUAGACACCAUUGCUGAGUACGUGAACGACACUAAUUACUUCGGGCCGGUUACCGGACGGGUCGGGCAGAGGAUAGCCAGGGGGCGGUUCGUUCUCGACGGGAAGGUGUAUCACACGUACAUCAACGACGGCAGGAACGCGAUUCACGGUGGACACAGAGGGUUCAGCAAAGUCAUAUGGACGGUGAAGGAGUACGUCGGCGGCGGCGACUCGCCGUACAUCACCUUGUACUACCGCAGCUUCGACGGAGAGCAAGGUUUCCCCGGGGACCUGGACGCGUACGUGACGUACCAGCUGUCGAGCCCGUACGUGCUGGCGCUGCGCAUGAACGCGACGGCGCUGAACAAGGCGACGCCGGUGAACUUCCUGCAGCACACGUACUGGAACCUCGGCGGGCAGGGCCGCGGCGACGUGCUGGGGCACACGCUGCAGCUGUCGGCAUCCCGGUACACCCCGCUGGACGAGGAGCUCCUCCCGUCGUCGGGCGUCGUCGCGCCCGUCGCCGGCACGCCCUACGACUUCCGGCACCCCACCCCGAUCGGCGCGCGCAUCCGGCAGGUGAUGGGCGGGCGCAUCGCCGGGUACGACAUCAACUACGUGAUCGACGGCGAGGGCAUGCGGAAGGUGGCCGCGGCGCGGGACGGCGCGUCGGGCCGCGCGCUGGAGCUGUGGGCGAACCAGCCGGCCAUGCAGCUGUACACCGGCAACUGGCUGAACAACAUCAAGGGCAAGGGCGGCAAGGUGUACCAGCAGUACGGCGGGUUCUGCCUGGAGACGCAGGGGUACGUGGACGCCGUGAACCACCCGGAGUUCCCCUCCAUGACGGUCAGGCCCGGCCAGGUGUACAGGCACGACAUGGCCUUCAAGUUCUCCUUCUAGCUCUCUAGCUGAUCAGUCAGGAUGAUCGUGUGGUUGUAGUAUACCAUUUUUCAAGAUUGUGCGAAUAAUUAUUGGCGUGUUGUUGAAAUAAUUGAAGAAUGGGGUCGUUCUCAAGCAUGCGCUCCAUGAACAAUUAUGUUUGCGGCAAGCUAUCAUGUUCAUGAGCAGAUAUGUACACGUCACAUUAUCAGAAAUCCAUUCGUGGUAUUCGUAGAGAGUGAAUGAAUUACGUGCAUAA